AUGUCGGGCUACGCAGGCGGAGGCCACUACGACGAUGGCUAUGCCAACCAGCAAGGACAGGCACAUGGCCAAGCUCAUGGUGACUCCUACUAUCAGGACGAACAUGCCCAGGGUUAUUAUGAUAACCAAGGAUACGGCGAUGGGGGAUACUAUGACCAAGGUCAUGGCUACUACGGAGCAGACGGUCACGGUGCUGAUGCAGGCCAUGCGGAUGGUGGACAGCACGCAGACGCAGGCCAUGGAUACGCCGAUGGAGGAUAUUACGAGGCUGGACACCAGGACCAGUACUACGGUGGCGCGGCCGGCGGUGCUGGGGGUGCGGCCGGCGACCAGUAUUACGACCAGGGACAAGGGGAAUAUGGCCGAGGCCGUCGUGGCCAUGAUUCUGAGGAGGACUCCGAGACCUUCAGCGAUUUCACAAUGAGGUCCGAGACUGCACGUGCUGCGGACAUGGACUACUAUGGUCGUGGAGACGAACGAUACAACAGCUACUCGGACAGCCAGUACGGCGGUCGUGGUGGAUACCGUCCUCCGUCCUCCCAGAUCUCUUACGGAGCCAACCGAUCAUCUGGUGCGUCGACUCCUGUCUACGGCAUGGAUUACGGCAACGCCCUUCCCGCUGGCCAGCGCUCGCGUGAGCCUUACCCAGCUUGGACCUCGGACGCCCAAAUCCCCCUCUCGAAGGAAGAGCUGGAAGAUAUCUUCCUCGACCUGGUGAACAAGUUUGGCUUCCAGCGAGACAGCAUGCGAAACAUGUAUGACCACAUGAUGACUAUGCUGGACUCUCGUGCCUCACGCAUGACGCCCAAUCAGGCACUCCUCUCGAUUCAUGCCGACUAUAUUGGCGGACACAACGCCAAUUACCGCCGGUGGUAUUUCGCCGCCCAUCUCGAUCUAGAUGAUGCCGUUGGUUUUGCCAACAUGAAGCUCGGUAAAGCGGAUCGCAAGACGCGGAAAGCCCGUCGGGCUGCAGCCAAGGCCGCCAAGCAGAACCCCGAGAACGAAGAAGAGACGCUCGAGGCUUUGGAAGGAGAUAACAGUUUGGAAGCCGCAGAAUACCGUUGGAAGUCUCGCAUGAACCGCAUGUCCCAACACGAUCGGGCUCGUCAGAUUGCCCUUUAUCUUCUGAUCUGGGGUGAAGCCAACCAGGUUCGAUUCCUGCCGGAAUGCAUCUGUUUCAUCUUCAAGUGUGCCGAUGAUUACUACACUUCGCCGGAAUGUCAAGCCCGUGUUGAACCAGUGGAGGAACUCACAUACCUGAAUGAGAUUAUCACUCCUUUGUACCACUACUGUCGCGAUCAGGGUUAUGAAAUCAUGGACGGCAAGUACGUUCGUCGUGAGCAUGAUCACAACAAAAUCAUUGGUUAUGACGAUAUGAACCAGCUGUUCUGGUACCCGGAGGGCAUCGAGCGCAUCGGUUUUGAGGACAAGACUCGCCUGGUCGAUGUUCCCAUCGGUGAAAGAUGGCCCAAGCUGAAGGACGUGGUCUGGAACAAGGCUUUCUUCAAGACUUACAAGGAAACUCGCUCCUGGUUCCACAUGAUUACGAACUUCAACCGUAUCUGGGUUAUCCACCUGGGCUCCUUCUGGUUUUUCACUGCUUACAACGCUCCGACCUUGUAUACUAUCAACUACCAGCAGCAAGUCGACAACAAACCCAGCACGCCUAAAUAUCUCGCCGCCGUCGGUUUCGGUGGUGCUCUCGUUUCCUUCAUCCAGAUUCUAGCUACCAUUUGUGAAUGGAUGUACGUUCCCCGCCGCUGGGCCGGAGCGCAGCACCUACGAAAGCGUUUCAUGUUCCUCAUUGUCGUCUUCAUCAUUAACCUGGCCCCUGGUAUCGUGAUCUUCAGCAUCUUACCGGGGCUGAAUAUGACAAAGUCGGCCGAAAACGGCAUUGGCCUUGCUCUUGGUAUUGUUCAUUUCGUGCUUGCAGUUCUUACGGCUGCUUUCUUCGCAAUCCAGCCAUUGGGUGCGCUAUUCGGCAACUACAUGAAGAAAGGCGGACGGCAAUAUGUUGCUAGCCAGACCUUUACCGCCAGCUUCCCUCGUCUCGCGGGUAACGACAUGUGGAUGUCAUAUGGCUUAUGGGUCUGUGUCUUUGGUGCUAAGUUGGCGGAAUCCUACUUCUUCUUGACCCUUUCUUUCAAGGAUCCCAUCCGAAUCCUGUCUCCAAUGCAGAUUCAUCAGUGCACUGGCGCCAAAUACAUUGGCAACACGCUUUGUCACCGACAGCCUCAGAUUCUGCUCGGCCUGAUGGCUUUCAUGGAUCUGACACUCUUCUUCCUGGAUAGUUAUCUGUGGUACAUUAUUUGCAACACAAUUUUCUCUGUGGCGCGGUCAUUCUACUUGGGUGUGUCGAUUUGGUCUCCGUGGAGAAACAUCUUUUCCCGGCUUCCGAAGCGUAUCUACUCUAAGGUGCUCGCCACUACCGACAUGGAGAUCAAGUACAAGCCGAAGGUUUUGAUCUCUCAGGUCUGGAAUGCUAUUAUCAUCUCCAUGUACCGCGAGCAUCUUCUGGCCAUCGAUCAUGUACAAAAGCUGUUAUACCACCAGGUCCCUUCCGAGCAGGAGGGCAAGCGCACCCUUCGUGCCCCGACCUUCUUCGUGUCUCAGGAAGAUCAAUCCUUCAAGACCGAGUUCUUCCCCCAGGGAAGUGAGGCGGAGCGCCGUAUCUCGUUCUUCGCACAAUCGCUAUCCACCCCUAUGCCUGAGCCUCUCCCUGUCGAUAACAUGCCGACUUUCACCGUCCUGAUCCCUCACUACAGUGAAAAGAUCCUCCUCUCGCUCCGUGAGAUCAUUCGUGAAGAUGAGCCUUACUCCCGUGUCACCUUGCUCGAAUACCUGAAGCAACUUCACCCUCACGAGUGGGAUUGCUUCGUCAAGGACACCAAGAUUCUAGCCGAUGAGACGUCGCAAUUCAAUGGUGAUUAUGAGAAGCCUGAGAAGGACGCUGCGAAGAGCAAGGUUGAUGACCUUCCCUUCUACUGCAUCGGUUUCAAGUCUGCCGCUCCCGAAUAUACCCUCCGCACACGAAUCUGGGCUUCGCUUCGUUCCCAGACCUUGUACAGGACUGUGUCUGGUUUCAUGAACUACAGCCGUGCUAUCAAGUUGCUCUACCGUGUUGAGAACCCCGAGGUUGUCCAAAUGUUUGGAGGCAAUUCUGAAAAACUCGAGCGCGAGCUCGAGCGUAUGGCGCGCCGCAAGUUCCGUAUCUGUGUCUCCAUGCAGCGCUACGCCAAGUUCAGCAAGGAUGAACGUGAGAACACCGAAUUCUUGCUCCGCGCUUACCCUGACCUGCAGAUCGCAUAUCUGGACGAGGAGCCCCCUGUCGCCGAAGGCGAGGAACCCCGUCUGUACUCAGCCUUGAUCGACGGCCACUGUGAACUUCUCGAGAACAACAUGCGCAAACCCAAGUUCAGAAUUCAGCUUUCUGGAAACCCCAUUCUUGGAGACGGAAAGUCCGACAACCAGAACCAUGCCAUUAUCUUCUACCGCGGUGAAUACAUCCAGCUCAUUGACGCCAACCAAGAUAAUUACCUUGAAGAAUGUCUGAAGAUUCGCAGUGUGCUGGCUGAGUUUGAGGAAUUGACCACUGACAAUGUUUCUCCGUACACUCCUGGAAUUGCUUCGCCUGAGAACGACCCCGUUGCCAUUCUGGGAGCCCGUGAAUACAUUUUCUCCGAAAGCGUCGGUGUUCUCGGUGAUGUUGCUGCCUCUAAGGAACAGACGUUCGGUACCCUCUUCGCUCGUACACUUGCCCAAAUCGGUGGUAAGCUGCACUAUGGUCACCCUGAUUUCCUGAACGGCACCUUCAUGACCACCCGUGGCGGUGUUUCCAAAGCCCAGAAAGGAUUGCACCUGAACGAGGAUAUUUACGCUGGUAUGAAUGCCGUCCUGCGUGGAGGUCGCAUUAAGCAUUGUGAAUACUACCAGUGCGGUAAGGGUCGUGAUCUCGGGUUUGGGUCUAUUCUCAACUUCACGACCAAGAUUGGUACUGGUAUGGGUGAACAGAUGCUGUCCCGAGAGUACUACUAUCUCGGCACCCAGCUGCCCCUCGAUCGCUUCCUCUCAUUCUACUAUGCCCACCCUGGUUUCCAUCUGAACAACAUGUUCAUUAUGCUUUCUGUGCAGAUGUUUAUGUUUGUCCUGAUUAAUCUCGGUGCCUUGAAGCAUGAAACCAUCAUGUGCCGUUACAACUCUGACCUACCCAUCACCGACCCUCUUGUGCCUACUCUUUGCGCUAACUUGAUCCCCAUUCUGAACUGGGUGAAUCGCUGUGUUAUCUCUAUUUUCAUCGUGUUCUUCAUCUCAUUCGUGCCUCUUGCCGUCCAAGAGUUGACAGAGAGGGGAGUUUGGCGUAUGGCUACUCGUCUCGCCAAGCACUUCGGCUCAUUCUCGUUCAUGUUCGAGGUGUUCGUCUGUCAGAUCUACGCCAAUGCCGUGCACCAGAACUUGUCUUUCGGCGGUGCACGAUACAUUGGUACGGGUCGUGGUUUCGCAACAGCCCGGAUCCCCUUCGGUGUCCUCUACUCGCGAUUUGCUGGCCCCUCAAUUUACUUGGGUGCUCGCCUCCUGCUGAUGUUGUUGUUCAGUACCACAACAGUCUGGACCCCUGCUCUGAUCUGGUUCUGGGUUUCUCUGCUCGCCCUCUGCAUCUCACCCUUCCUGUUCAACCCACACCAAUUUGCCUGGAACGACUUCUUCAUUGAUUACCGCGACUACAUCCGCUGGCUUUCUCGCGGCAACUCCCGAUCCCAUGCUUCCUCCUGGAUCGGCUUCUGUCGUCUGUCGCGUACUCGCAUCACUGGUUACAAGCGCAAAGUUCUUGGUGUUCCAUCAGAGAAAGGCUCCGGUGACAUUCCCAGAGCACGCAUCACCAACAUCUUCUUCAGCGAAAUCAUCGCACCUCUGCUCGGCGUUGGUGCAACACUGAUCCCGUACCUCUACAUUAACUCCCGAACAAUGUACUCAGAUGAUAUCAAGUGGGCUGCGAAUCCUAUCCUCCGUGUUGCGAUUGUUGGAUUCGCUCCCGUCGGCGUCAAUGCCGGUGUUGCAGGAAUGUUCUUCGGAAUGGCCUGCUGUAUGGGCCCAGUGUUUGGCAUGUGCUGCAAGAAGUUUGGUGCUGUUCUCGCAGCUAUCGCCCAUGCUAUUGCCGUGAUUGUCUUCCUGCUGCUAUUCCUGGCCAUGUUUUUCCUUGAAUCCCUCAACUGGCCCCGAACCAUCUCUGGAAUGAUCGCUGCGAUGGCUCUCCAGCGCUUUAUCUACAAGAUCAUCAUUUCUCUCGCAUUGACUCGUGAAUUCAAGAACGAUCAGUCCAACAUUGCAUGGUGGACUGGAAAAUGGUACAACAUGGGUUGGCACUCCCUCUCUCAGCCCGGACGUGAAUUCCUGUGCAAGAUCACCGAACUGGGUUACUUCGCCAACGACUUCUUCCUGGGUCAUAUUCUCCUGUUUGCCAUGCUCCCGGCCCUCGCCAUUCCUUAUGUGGACACCUUCCAUUCGGUCAUCCUGUUUUGGCUGCGCCCCAGCUCUCAAAUUCGCCCUCCUAUCUAUUCUCUCAAGCAGUCCAAGCUUCGCAAGAGACGCGUUGUCCGCUUCGCCAUUCUCUACUUUGUCAUGCUCCUCAUCUUCAUUGUCAUUAUCGCUGCGCCUGUCGUCCUGCGCAACACGGGGCAAUUGGAUAGCAUUUUGUCAGGCGGCAUCUGGGACAGUCUUGGAGUCUCCAAACCAGAUGCAAUUGGCUUACUCCAGCCACUUGAUCACGGACUCAAUGACACUGUCUCCUGGUACACUGGCUCUAACAUUCCCAAGGGCUACUCUUCAGGCAGUAUCCCGGCACCCUCAGAGGGCACCGGUAAGUGGUCCAUCUAA